UGACGUCACAUCCGACCGGACGCCAUCUUGCUGGUUCGCGGUGGGUCCUGGGUGAAGGCCGGCGGUGGCUUGGGCGUGGAGAAGGGUGGGGUGAGGGGGCGAGGCCGCAGCGAGUGCGGCAAAACUCUCCUCCCCUAAGCCCCACCGCGUGCGACGGCGUGAGCGCGGUGUCGGAGGGAUGUCCGCCUUCUCCGAGGCGGCGCUGGAGAAGAAGCUGUCGGAGUUGAGCAACUCGCAGCAGAGCGUGCAGACCUUGUCCCUGUGGCUCAUCCACCACCGCAAGCACUCGCGCCCCAUCGUCACCGUGUGGGAGCGGGAGCUGCGUAAAGCCAAACCAAACAGGAAGCUUACUUUUCUCUACCUAGCCAAUGAUGUCAUUCAGAACAGCAAAAGGAAGGGGCCGGAGUUUACAAAAGAUUUUGCACCAGUUAUAGUGGAGGCUUUUAAGCAUGUUUCAAGUGAAACUGAUGAAAGUUGUAAGAGGCACCUUGGAAGAGUGCUUUCUAUUUGGGAAGAAAGAUCUGUUUAUGAAAAUGAUGUAUUAGAACAACUUAAGCAAGCUCUGUAUGGUGAUAAGAAGUCUGGGAAACGAACUUAUGAACAGAUAACAGUGGAUGAAAAUGAAAACUGUUCCUCUCUGGGAUCUCCAGGUGAACCACCACAGACUCUAGAUCUCGUUAGAGCAUUACAAGAUCUAGAAAAUGCUGCUACAGGUGAUGCAGCAGUUCAUCAGAGGAUAGCUUCUUUGCCUGUUGAAGUCCAAGAAGUAUCCCUACUAGAUAAAAUAACAGAUAAAGAAUCUGGAGAAAGGCUUUCUAAAAUGGUAGAGGAUGCUUGUAUGUUGCUGGCAGAUUACAAUGGCAGAUUGGCGGCUGAAAUAGAUGAUAGGAAACAACUUACUCGAAUGUUAGCAGAUUUUCUUCGUUGUCAAAAGGAAGCCCUUGCAGAGAAAGAGCAUAAAUUGGAAGAAUACAAGCGCAAGUUAGCCAGAGUUUCCCUGGUGCGCAAAGAACUCAGGUCCCGGAUCCAGAGCCUGCCGGACUUAUCUCGAUUGCCCAAUGUCACUGGCAGCCACAUGCACCUGCCCUUCGCGGGGGACAUCUACAGUGAAGAUUGACCAGUCUCUUUCCAGGGCCCAGGACUGUGUGGGAGAUGGAGACAGGUUAGGUGGAUAGUCCUGUAGCGUUAUUUUUGUAUAUUGUUGAGAGAGUGACACUAACAAACAAAAAAAUGACAAGUAAUUUAUAAAAUUGUUUAAAAUGUUGGUUUGUUUACUAUUUUAUUGGUAAGUUAACAUGAGUUAGAUUAAACAAAGUGAUCUCUGUGUAUUAAUAAGCUCACAAAUAGUGGUUAUUUUCAAAAGCUCUUUUGUAAAUUUUUUUGAUCCAGGGCCUUGUGAGAAAUUCCAUGUUUCUAUUUCUUUAUGUAUUUUCAGAUGCUUUUCUUUGUUUCCUUCAGUAUCUAAUCACUAUAUAGUAUGUCAUUCCUGAAGGGUAAGAGUUAAUCAGGACUUGGUUGAGACUUAAUUAUGGUAUAAUUAGGACUUGAUUGUAGAAGGGACUAAAUGUUUUAACUUAAUCUUCACCCUUCUUCCCGAACAAAAUAUCAUUUGUGUGCCUCUCAAUGCCUUUGAUUCCUUAUUCCUUAGAUGUCAGUAAUUUAACACUAACCAUGGAUGUAAUUUUUAGGGUCAAAUCAGAGCACCAUAGGGGUUCCAUUCCAGCUGCCAGCGUAGAACAUGAGGAGUGUUAAGUAGGGGCCCCUUGAUUAAACUGUUUAGAAAUAGUUGAUCAGAGUAAUAUGAAAUGCUUGGGAAAUGUUGUAAUGUUGACGUUUUGCUAAGAGGACAGCUUUCAUUUCGCCAGAUCAGUCUUCUUUUUACAUAUUGAUCCCUUUAACAUAAAGCCAUCUGAGGGACUAAAAGAAACAAAAUAGUGAUACUUUUAUUAUUCCUAUAGCCUUUAACUUUAAAAGCAAUGGUAUUUUUAGCUCUAAUAUCUCAAGGACACAAUAUUCAUUAAUGUUCAAUAAAGUAGCCUGGAACAUUUUUAAUGUUUCCUUAAGGUUUUUGAAUGACUGUAUAUUUGGAAAUAAGGCAGUGCUGCACUACAGGGUAGAUCUGGUAAAUACUAUAUUUGUAUAUUUAGAAUUACCAAAACAAAUGUACUUUUACCUUUCAACUUAACCCUGUGUGUUAGAGCAGUUGCAUGCUCUCCUGCUUUCUUCUUAAAUCACAUUGUUAAGCUGUGGAUUUGUACUCAAUAAUGACUUAGGAUAAACAUUUUUUUCAUUCAUUACUUUACAUAUUAGACAUUUUCCUUUUUGUUGUAAGCAGAUUCAAAUUAGAUAGUCAAUAAAACAUCUUUAAAUCCGCAAGCCAAUUCUGUCUCACUAGUCUGAAUGGCUUCACUCUUUCUUCCUCAGUAUGAGAGAGUAUAAAAAGAAUUUAUAUGUGAAGAAGGCAAAUCUUUAUUUUUAAUAGCCAGUAGUUCUGGAAACAGUGCUUCUAACAAUUUAACCUUUCUCCAAAGCAGACACAUGUAAGUGGUUCCCAUUCAUCUGGCUUCUAGUCCAAAGCUUUUUAGUUACCUUUUGGGAGUUGGGGCACAUGUUCUCACAGAAACAAUUAUAGUUAGGUUCCGUGUGAACACCACCACAGAAAACUCACUGGGAACCUAACCCACUUAAUCAUGGAUAUAAUUCAUGUUGACAUAAUUAAUGUAGUUGACAAAUGAUGUGCAGUAGUCAGACUCACACAUUGGGGUGUCUGUCUUGUGUCCCCCUGUCCCCCUGUAGGAUAUGUAAGAAAAAGAUUCAGCUUGGUAGAUGUGUGUAACAAAUACACAAUUAUAAAAACCUAGUUAUAACUGUUUUGAAAGUGUAUCAUGUAAGUUAGAUUUUUUUUGUUAAAGUGAAAGCAAAAACUUGUAUAUUAAUUUAUUUUCAAACUCUUAACCUUAUUUAUGAUAUGCUAAAGUGGUGAUUUAUUCGUUCAAAAUAUAUUUUUUUUCCACUUAAAACUAAUUUAUAAACUGUGUAUGCCUGGGAAGCUUUGAAAUCUAUUAGAAAUUUGUUGAAAUAUUUUCACCAUUUAAGACAGACUUCUGACUUAGAUACUGAUUUUAAUGCCAGUGUCUACUCUAAAUAUUUAUUAUAAAAAUGCAUUAUUUUUUUAAAGAGCUUGAUGCAAUUUGUGAUAAGUGAUAGUACUCAACCUGAAUCUGAACCCCAAUCCCACCCUAUGACCAAUCCUUCUCAAACCUUUGGUUGUUGGUUAAUUCACUGACUGUGAACACAAAUGAUAUGGUGUGGUUUAGAAGUUACAUUUUCAGCCUUAUGACAGUUAAAACAUGGUAAGCCCUUUAGUAGUAAGUAGUCUUUUUUUCUAAAAGGUAGACUACUUCUCAAGAAAUGGGCUUAGAUGUGGGUAUUGUAAUACCAAAUUCUAAAUCAUGAGCAUUUUCUCCACUGUGCAUGUGAGGCAAACCAUGUAUCUGAGUGCAGUUUGGCCUGGCCCCUCAAAAGAAAAGUGUAACACCCCACUAACACGGGUGCUGUAGUGUGAAUGGAUACCAUCACUCUUUUCUCCACAAACAGUGACAGCUGUCUGGAGUGGCAGUCUGAGCAGAUUCCCUGGCGUUCCCUCUGCUCCUUCCAUCACUACAGUAAGUAAAGAACCACGUGGGCAGCCGGGAGUCAGAUGGCUGUGCUCAGUAGCCAGCCUCCCCUCUGGGAAAAGAGUCCAGAUGCAGCUGUUCUGGCACCUUCUCUCACAGGCACUCUGAACCAUCAGGGCUUUUCUAUAGGAACUCCUUCAGAAUCAACAAAAGCUGGGAUGACUCAGCUAUCUUGAUUUGCAAGAUUAAAAGAACAAAAACUAGGUUGUCAGUUGUCACUGUAGAUGAGCAACACUCAAUCUAUGAGUGAUUGAACUGGUUCUGAGAAAUCUUUAGAAUGUCCUUUCUGAAAUUUCCAUUCUAAAAAUUGACAUUAUAUGAAAUAACAUAAGCUACUAAACUGCUUUGUAGUCUAUUAAGAAAUAGCUCCUAAAGGUAAAAUAUUGUUUCAUAGUUGUUGCGCUAUAUGAAGCUUUUUUAAAAAGUGUAAACCCAGUUCUCUGUGUUGAAAGGGAGCAUUGAGUUACCUACUGAAUUUAUACAGAGGAUUUGUUUCCACCUGUAAUUCCAGCCAUCCACACGAGUGUUCUUUUUUAAUUUUUUUGUUUUUUUUAUAAGUGAAUGCAAAGUUUAUUGGGAGGGGACCCAAGUGGGUUGCCGCACAUAUGAGUGUUCUGACGUGGCAAUAGCACAUGGGAAGAUGAAGUUUCCCUGUUUCUUUACCCCUAUUUGUUUGGCUUUAUCUGAUGACAAUAUAAAAUGUUCUUAAUAAAGUUUUAUGUUCUUUUUGAAA